UAUUGUUGCACUUAAUUCCCUUUUCUUUGAUUGUAUAAAAACCAUGUUUAAAUAUUCGAAAAAGGAAAACGAUACUGUUCUUUAUCGUCCUUCAAUUAUUUUGUUUAUUUCAUCAUGUUGUGUAAUCAUUCAAUUCAUAUGCAUGAGGAGUGUGGUGCAUGCCCACAGCCCACCAUCUGUUUGUUAUAAUGCCUGAACCAAUUUACGCUACAACACUGCUGAAUCUUUUUAUCAUUAUGUUACCCAACAAGUAAACUAUCGUGUAUACUUCCAAAUUCAUGUUCUUGAAUAUGUCACUCAGUUGUUUACUCGGAAGCAAUACCAACAGAAGAAUUCAGAUCAUGAAAAAUGGGAAAUCACAUAUUGUUCCAGAAAACUACGAUUCAGUUCCAAGAUCUUUACCUUCUUCAAUCGGAGAUAGCAAAUGGGAUGAUUUCCCCGGCGAGUUGCUUCUUGACAUAAUCCGGCGAGUGGAAGGUGGUGAAACCUCAUGGCCAGGUAGGAGAGAUAUCGUCGCUUGUGCUUCGGUUUGCAGAUUCUGGAGAAACACUGUAAAGCAAAUCGUUAGAACACCUGAACAAUGCGGAUUAAUCACAUUCCCCAUGUCGUUAAAACAGCCUGGAUCGAGAAAGGAUCCGAUUCAAUGCUUUAUAAGGCGAGAUAGAGCUAAUUCGAUCUUCCGGUUGUUUCUAGGCCUGAGCCCAGCGUUAGCUGGUGAUGCAAGUAAGUUACUAUUGGCUGCAAAGAAGGUGAGAAAAGCCACAGGGACAGAGUUUUCAAUCUCCUUAACUCCCGACGAAUUUUCCAAAUCUAGCCUUACUUAUGUUGGAAAGCUAAGUUCCAAUUUUCUCGGCACUAAAUUUGCAAUUCACGAUGUGGAACCUUUUUACGACUCUUCAACAAAUAAACAAAUACCGAAAUUUGGUUUAAAAAAAGUAUCACCAGUGUUUAAGUCCAAAGUAGUCACCAUAUCUUACGAGCUUAAUGUUCUACGCACAAGAGGACCAAGAAGAAUGAAUUGCACGAUGAACUCGAUCCCCGAUUCCGGUCAAGCCGGAAAGAAACACGAGACACCGGAAUCGGUGAUUCCGAUUCCGGUUGUGGAAAGGAAAGAUUCGUUGGUUUUGAGAAACAAGGCGCCGAGGUGGCACGAGCAGUUACAGUGUUGGUGUUUGAAUUUUAAAGGGCGGGUUACGGUGGCGUCGGUUAAGAACUUUCAGCUGGCGGUUGAUAGUGGCGGAGGUGUGGAAGAAGAUGAUGUGGUGUUGCAGUUUGGGAAGAUUGGGAAAGAUAUUUUUACAAUGGAUUAUCGGUACCCAUUGUCGGCUUUUCAAGCGUUUGCGAUUUGUUUAAGUAGUUUUGAUACUAAACCCGCAUGUGAAUGAAAAUUGUACUAAUUGUUGUGAUAAUAUUAUCACCAUUUAUGUUUUUAUUA